AUGAGCGGAGAGGGCCCGAUCGAGUCGAUCGCCGAGCCUGGCAUCAAGGCGACUGGCGAGGUCCUCCAGACCAUGAGACAUGAAGUCGCCCAGCUCUUAAAUAGGCACCAGAGGUCAUUUCCUGGAGCGCAACCGGUCAGUUUCACCAGGGCCCACCUGGAAGAAUUAAGAAAGGAGGAUUAUUUUCCCGACGAGGAGGAUAUCGCCAACGGUGUCACGGAGCCGUAUAUCGACUACCACACUUUGGAUCGAGUGGAGCUUUGGGCGUAUAUGGGCGAUAGCCAUCCGCGGUACCAAAAGUAUGCUGAUGCCUACAUCUCUGAGAAGGAGCUUGAGGAUCUUAUCAACCUUGGGGAUCCUCUCAAUGAUAGGGUCGCCGAAUGCUACCUGGAUGAUGCGGGCCGAUGGAGGAUAAGUAGAUUUCGAGACGACAAGCUAGAGGCCAACCACAUAAGUACCCUCAAGAGCGUUAUGAAUAGCAUCGAGGAUGGCGUCACGAAACAUGACCUUCUGCACGCAGCCAAGGCUGUAAAGGAUGCCUGGAAAGCACGGAACUCCCGGCGCGGUGGCUAG